GCGGCGCGCACUCCGCACCCCGGAGAGUUGUCUCGGCAGGCUCCGUGCUAUGGCGAGGCUGCGGAGAAGCAAACUAGCCGCUGGAUUUCUAUUACUUUUCCAGUGCCUGAGCGAGCGCUGCCAGCCGGCCGGCGGGGAGACGCCGAGGCAGACCCGCGGUGUGGUUUAUGAAGUUGUUCAGAGCUUCCCUGCAGUGGAGGAAAAUGUGCUAGUGGAUUCACAUGUAAGCAGCCACAGGUGGAGAAGGCACUCAGAGUCUCUCAAAUCAGUCGACACCAACAGAGCCAGCAUGGGGCAGGAUUCCUCUGAACCUGGGGGUUUUACGGACCUGCUGCUUGAAGAGGGACAUGACAACACCACCCAGAUUGAGGAGGAUACAGAUCAUAAUUACUAUACUUCAAGGACAUAUGGCCCGUAUGAUUCUACUAGCCGGGAUUUGUGGGUCAAUAUAGACCAAAUGGAGAAAGACAAAGUAAAGAUUCAUGGGAUCCUUUCCAAUACCCAUCGGCAAGCAGCAAGAGUGAAUCUGUCCUUCGAUUUUCCAUUUUAUGGCCAUUUUCUACGUGAAAUUACUGUGGCAACUGGGGGUUUCAUUUAUACUGGAGAAGUUGUGCAUCGAAUGCUAACAGCUACACAAUAUAUUGCACCCUUAAUGGCAAAUUUUGACCCCAGUGUGUCAAGAAAUUCAACAGUCAGAUACUUUGAUAAUGGCACAGCACUAGUUGUCCAGUGGGACCAUGUACAUCUGCAGGAUAAUUACAACCUGGGCAGUUUCACUUUUCAGGCCACCCUUCUCAAUGAUGGGCGUAUCAUUUUCGGCUACAAAGAAAUUCCUGUUGCUGUGACACAGAUAAGUUCAACGAACCACCCAGUGAAAGUGGGACUCUCAGAUGCAUUUGUGGUUGUGCACAGGAUCCAGCAAAUUCCCAAUGUCCGUAGAAGAACAAUUUAUGAGUACCACAGGGUGGAGCUACAGAUGUCAAAGAUUACCAAUCUCUCAGCUGUUGAAAUGAUACCUCUUCCAACUUGUCUCCAGUUUGCCAGCUGUGGUCCCUGUGUCACUGCCCAGAUUGGUUUCAACUGCAGCUGGUGCAGUAAACUCCAAAGAUGCUCCAGUGGAUUUGACCGUCACCGGCAAGAUUGGGUAGACAGUGGCUGCCCUGAAGAGUCAAAAGAUAAGAUUUGUGAGAAGAAUAUAGACACAACUGAAACACCUCCAUACUCCACCACCACCCUUCUGCCAACCACCACAAAGUUCAGAGUUUUAACGACCACCAGAGGAUCCAUCACUUCCCACCUGCCAACUAGCCUGCCAACAGAAGAUGACACCAAGAUAGCACUGCACCUAAAAGAUAAUGGAGCUUCCACAGACGACAGUGCAGCAGAGAAGAAAGGUGGAACACUUCAUGCUGGCUUAAUUGUCGGCAUUCUAGUCCUGGUCCUCAUUGUGGCUGCAGCCAUCCUUGUGACAGUCUAUAUGUAUCAUCAUCCAACGUCAGCAGCUAGUCUCUUCUUUAUAGAGCGACGUCCAAGCAGGUGGCCAGCAAUGAAAUUCAGAAGAGGAUCUGGACAUCCUGCCUAUGCUGAAGUGGAACCGGUUGGAGAAAAAGAAGGGUUCAUUGUAUCAGAGCAGUGCUAAAAUUUCUAGGACAGAACACCAGUACUGGCCUACAGGUGUAAGACAUUUACUUUGCCUCUCUUUAAAGAAAAGGAGCCCUAAGCUGCUGUAGCCUGAUAGAAAGAAGAUUUUGGAUAAGCUUUGUCCAAGAAGAAAAACGAUCUAAGAUACCAGAUUACCACUGCACAGUAGUUUUUGUUAGUGGACUGAGACACAAUGGUUCAUGCAGAAUGCUUGUCAGUGGACACCUACGGUAUCAGAACUAUGGCACAAGUGCCAUGUUAUUGGCUUUAGGUAUGGGGAUGCACAGUAAUCAAAAAUAUAAUAAAGCUUUGGUGC